UUUUUCUUUUUUUUUUCCGCUGACGUCUGACGUCGCGUCUGACGCUGAGCUCCAACAUCUGCAGCUGCUUCUGAUAACGGAAGAUGGAGAGGAGUGGUGUCUCUGAGGAGCAGCAGCCGUCAUGCUGUCCUUUGUGUCGGGGCGUCCUGAAGGAUCCAGUCUCUACCAGCUGUGGACACUGGUUCUGCAGACACUGCAUCAGCUCAUACUGGGACCAGUCUGCUUCACUGGGAAGUUUCUACUGUCCCCAGUGCGGUAAAACAUCCAGCCAAGCAGAUGUUGGUCUGCAGGAGGUUUUAGAUGAACAUAAAAUCAGUCUGAGGAGGAGAUGUGAACAUGUGACUGAAGGAACUGAUGGAACAGGAAGUAGAACCCUCCUCAACAGGAUCUACACUGAGCUCUUCAUCACAGAGGGACAGAGUGAAGAGGUUAAUACCCAACAUGAGGUGAGGCAGCUGGAGACCGCUUCCAAGAUCAACACCCUCCAUGACACUCCAAUCAGGUGCCACGACAUCUUUAAAGCCUUACCUGACCAACAAGGACCAAUCAGAGUGGUUCUGACCAACGGCGUCGCUGGUGUUGGAAAAACCUUCUCAGUGCAGAAGUUCACUCUGGACUGGGCAGAGGGCUUGGAGAACCAAGAUGUCAGUGUGGUGGUUCUGCUUUCAUUCAGGGAGCUGAACUUGAUCAGAGAUGAUCAGUACAGUCUUCUCCAGCUGCUCCAUGUUUUCCAUCCAACAUUACAGAAGAUCCCAGCAGAGCAGCUGGCUGUCUGGAAACUUCUCUUCAUCUUUGAUGGUCUGGAUGAAAGCAGACUUUCUCUGGACUUCAACAACACUGAGGUUGUUUCUGAUGUCACACAGAAGUCUUCAGUCAACGUGCUGCUGACAAACCUCAUCAAGGGGAAUCUGCUGCCCUCGGCUCUCAUCUGGAUCACUUCUAGACCUGCAGCAGCCAAUCAGAUCCCUCCUACAUGUGUUGACAGGGUAACAGAAGUACGAGGCUUCACUGAUGUCCAGAAGGAGGAGUACUUCAGGAGGAGAUUCAGUAAUGAAGAGAUGUCCAGCAGAAUCAUCUCCCACAUGAAGACAUCCCGGAGCCUCCAUAUCAUGUGUGGAAUCCCAGUCUUCUGCUGGAUCACUGCUACAGUUCUGGAGCACAUGUUGACCACAGAGCAGAGAGGAGAGCUGCCCAAGACCAUGACGGACAUGUACUCACACUUCCUGAUGGUCCAGACAAAGAGGAAGAAGAACAAGUACCAUGAGGGACAUGAGACGAGUCCACAAGAGCUGAUGGAGGCUGACAGGGAAGUUCUUCUGAAGCUGGGGAGGCUGGCGUUUGAACAUCUGGAGAAAGGACACAUCAUGUUCUACCAAGAAGACCUGGAGCAGUGUGGUCUGGAUGUUACAGAGGCCUCGGUGUUCUCAGGAGUUUGUACUGAGAUCUUCAGAAAAGAGUGUGUGAUCUUCCAGAAACCAGUUUACUGCUUCGUUCAUCUGAGUGUUCAGGAGUUUCUGGCUGCAGUCUACAUGAUGCACAGUUACAUCAACAAGAACACAGAGGUGCUGAAGAUCCUCCUGGGUCAAUACUACAGCUACUCAUCUUUGGAUGAACUCCUAGAUAGAGUCAUAGAUGUUUCCACUAAAAGUAAAAAUGGCCACCUGGACCUGUUCACUCGCUUCCUUCAUGGCCUCUCUCUGCAGUCCAACCAGAGACUCUUAGCAGGCCUGUUGGGUCAGACAGAGAACAGUCCAGAAACCAUCCAAAAAGUCAUCAGUAAUUUAAAAAGUAAAGACAGAGCCAGUACUGAUCUAUGUCCUGACAGAAGCAUCAACAUCUUCCACUGUCUGAUGGAGAUAAAUGACCUCUCAGUUUAUCAGGAGAUUCAAGAGUUCAUGAAGUCAGAGAACAGAUCAGAGAAGAAGCUCUCAGAAAUCCAAUGUUCAGCUCUGGCCUACAUGCUGCAGAUGUCAGAGGAGGUUCUGGAUGAGCUGGACCUGGAGAAAUACAACACAACAGAAUGGGGACGACAUAGACUGAUCCCAGUUGUGAGGAACUGCAGGAAGGUUCGACUUGUAGGUUGUCGACUCUUUGACGCUCAGUGUGAAGUUGUUGCUUCAGCUCUGAAGGCCAACCCCUCCCAUCUGACCGAGCUGGAUCUCAGUCAAAAUGACUUGAGGUACUCCGUUGUGGAGAAGCUGUUUGCUGGACUGGAGAGUCCGAAUUGUAGACUGGAGACUCUAAGAUUGUGGAACUGCAGCUUGUCAGAGUCCCAGAUUCUAUCUCUGAUCUCAGCUCUGAACUCCAACCCCUCCUAUCUCAGACAUCUGGACCUGAGUGAAAACCAGCUGCAGGAUUCAGUAGUGAUGGAGCUCUGUGGCUUUCUUAAAAAUGCUGACUGUAGACUGAAGACUUUGAGAUUGAUUUGCUGCAGUUUGUCAGAGGUCAGCUGUACUUCACUGGUAUCAGCUCUGGAGUCCAGUGUCCCUUAUCUGACUGAACUGGACCUGAGUAAGAACUACAACCUCGGCGACUCAGGAGUGAAGCAGCUUUUUGAAAAACUAAAAAGUCCAAACUGUAGCGUGGAGACUCUGAGAUUGGAGUGCUGUAAUUUGUCAGAGACCAGCUGUGCUUCUCUGGUCUCAGCUCUUAAGUCCAACCCAUCCCAUCUGAGAGAGCUGAACUUGAGCUCAAACAUCUUGCAGGAUUCAGGAGUGAAGGAGUUGUGUGGUUUUCUGGAGAAUCCAGACUGUAGACUAAAGAUUCUGAGAUUGAGUGCUUGCAAGUUGUCAGAGAUCAGCUGUGCUGCUCUGACCUCAGCUCUGAAGUCUAAUCCCUCCCAUCUGACAGAAUUGGACCUGAGAUAUAACAACCUGCAGGAUUCAGAUUUUAAGGGGCUAUCUGAUCUUUUGGAGAGUCCACGCUGUAACCUACAGACUCUGAGAUUUGAGCGCUACAGUUUGUCAGAGAUCAGCUGUGCUGCUCUGGUCGCAGCUCUAAAGUUCAACCCUUCCCACCUGACGAUACUGGACCUCAGUCACAGUGAUGUGCAGGACUCUGAUGUGAAGCAGCUGUGUGGUUUCCUGCAGAGUGCGGACUGUAAACUGAAGACUCUAAGAAUGAAGACCUGUGAUUUGUCAGAGAUCAGUUGGGCUUCUCUGAUCACAGCUCUGAAGUCCAACCCCUCCUCUCUGACAGAACUGGACCUGAGGAACAACUUGACGCUGGAGAAUUCAGGAAUUAAGUCGCUCUGUGGUUUGUUGAAGAGUCCACUCUGUAGACUGGAAACUCUAAGACUGGAUAGCUGCAAUUUGUCAGAGGUCAGCUGGGCUUCUCUGAUCUCAGCUCUGAAGUCCAACCCAUCCCAUCUGACAGAACUGGACCUGAGCUUCAGCGAGGUGCAGGAUUCAGGAAUGAAGCAACUCUGUGAUCUUUUGGAGAGUCCACCCUGUCGACUGCAGACUCUGAGACUGAUGUACUGCAGUUUAUCAGAGGUCAGCUGCACUUAUCUGGUCUCAGCUCUGAAGUCCAGCUCCUCCCAUCUGACAGAACUGGACCUCAGUGGAAAUGAGCUGAAUGGUCCAGGAGUGAAGCAGCUGAUGGCUUUUCUGCUGACUCAAAACUGCAGACUGAAGACUGUGAGAUUGAAUCGGUGCAGUUUGUCAGAGGUCAGCUGUCCUUCUCUGGUCUCAUCUUUAAAGUCCAACCCUUCAUUGCUGGAAGAGCUGGACCUAUGUGGAAAUUAUAACCUGCAGGAUUCAGGAGUGAAGCAGCUGUGUUGGUUUCUGUCAAGUCCAUGCUGUAGGCUGAAGACUCUGAGAUUGGAUACCUGCAAUUUGUCAGUGGUCAGCUGUGAUUCUCUGGUCUCAGCUCUGAAGUCCAACCCCUCCCAUCUGACAGAACUGGACCUUAGCUCGAACAAGACGCAGGAUUCAGGAGUGAAGCUGCUGUGUGGUUUUCUGGAGAAUGCACACUGUCAACUGCAGACUUUGAGAUUGAGCAGCUGCAGGUUAUCAGAGAUCAGCUGUGCUUGUCUGGCCUCAGUCCUGACGUCCAGCCCCUCCCAUCUGACAGUACUGGACUUGAGUUACAACGAGCUGCAGGAUUCAGGAGUGAAACAGCUGUGUGGUUUCCUGGAGCAUCCACACUGCCAUCUGAAGACUCUGAGCCUGAGCGGAUGCAGGUUGUCAGAGGUCAGCUGCGAUUCUCUGGCCUCAGCUCUGAAGUCCAACCCCUCCCAUCUGAGAGAACUGGACCUGAAUUACAAUGAGCUACAAGAUUCAGGAGUGAAGCUGCUGUGUGGUUUUCUGGAGAGUCCACACUGUCAACUUCAGACUCUGAAGGGGAGCUGCCAUGCAAGGUGUUCAACCACGACCCAUCAGGAGCAGGUAGGGGUUCAGUGUCUUGCUCAGGGACACCUCGAAAUAAGCUUGAUGGGCCGGGAUCGAACAGGCAACCCUCAGGCUACAGGACGACUGCUCUACCCACUGAGUCCUGCCGCCCCCUAAUUUAGCAGGCACGCUUUUCCAAAACAAAUUACAGUGGUUAGGCUGUAAC